ACAGUAACGAAGAAAGCCACGUCCGUCGGGUGAAGUAGAACACGCGCUUUCGGAAGCGUAGCGGACCACAAAUAGGGUUUUCAUCAAUCGAGAAAGAUCCAGAGCUUUGCGGAGCCGAUUUUGCUGAGAGUUUCUCCUGAGGGUUUCCGCCAUCGAGGAACUUUGGUUGAUUAGAGCAUCAUGGCCAAGCACCAUCCUGAUCUCAUCAUGUGCCGGAAGCAGCCAGGGAUAGCCAUUGGGCGCCUGUGUGAGAAAUGUGAUGGGAAGUGUGUCAUCUGUGAUUCAUAUGUUCGCCCAUGUACUCUAGUUCGUGUCUGCGAUGAGUGCAACUAUGGAUCCUUCCAGGGAAGGUGUGUAAUCUGUGGGGGAGUUGGGAUAUCUGAUGCCUACUACUGCAAAGAAUGUACGCAACAGGAAAAGGACCGUGAUGGCUGCCCCAAGAUUGUUAAUUUGGGAAGUGCCAAGACUGAUCUCUUCUAUGAACGUAAAAAAUAUGGAUUUAAGAAAAGAUGAAUUGUAUCUGAUUUUUGCA